AUGGAGUUUUCCCAAGAAUACUGGCGCCAACACACGUUGUUUGAAAUAGCUAGUGCUAUUGGUACUCCGUUAUCGUUAGAUGAAGCUACUAAAACUCGUGCAUUUGGCCAUUAUGCACGUAUUUUAGUCGAUAUGGAUCUGUUUAGUCACGUUUUCUACGAGAUUCUAGUGGAACGUGAGGGACACUCUUUCAAACUUGUAGUGGUAUAUGAACGUUUACCUGACUUUUGUAUGCACUGUGGAAUUAUAGGGCAUAAUGUUCAAGCCUGUCACUACCUGAAACCUUCUGAAGCGAAGGUUGAUAAUCGGGGCAAAAAGAUUAUCACAAUUAAGAAGGAAGCUGCGAACAUACAAUACGUACCAAAGAAGAAGGAUUGUGCCUUACCUAGCACUUCUGCGGAAGUGGUUGAAGUGGAAAACAAUCACCAAUCCAACUUGAUCGGAACACAAGAGGGGAAGCAGCAAAAUGAGGAGCAUGAAGCGGAACGUCAGCAAGCACCUGAGAGCCCUAAAAGUCCAAGUAAGGAUAUUGGCGCAACUCUGAAUGCUACUGAUGAUGUUGUUGUCCAACAUUCAACCUCCUUUAGUGUGACGCUACAUACUGUUCAUGAUGACAUUGUUCUUAAAAAUAUUCAGACCGAUGAUCUAGUGUUGCGACAAGUGACCACUGAUGAUGUGGCUGGUGUUACUGUUACUAAACAAGAUUUCGACCAAGAAGCAGAGGAAACAACUGAUAACUCAUCGAGUGUUCCAGAUACGCAGCCAGUGAAGCAAGCUGAUGCGGUAGAAAUUGAAAAUUGUUUCACCCCGAUAGAUAUUACAGUCACGGAGACUAAUGACUUUGAUGCCUCCGCUCAUGCUAUACCUGAUACAACGCAAAAGAUUGUGAUAUUGCCAUAUGAGGAGUUUGAUGAGGUGGUCAAAGCAGACCUUCGACUAAUUAAACAAGUUUGGGCCGCAGCGGCGAAUAGAGAGAAGUUCACCCCUGUUAUUUCUAAAAGUAAAGCGAAGAAGAUAAGACAAUUGGCUCGGAGUGUUGGGCAGCCAUAUAACACUCGUUUUAGGGGUGGAACAUCUCACAGGUCCCAAUAA